AUCAAACCCAGGGAGGAGCCGCCUCCUCUGUAACACCUCUUCCUGCACUGCUGCGCCCGGGUCGAAGGCUGCACUGAGCCAGCUAUACACACACACACACAAAGAGAGAGAGAGCGAGAGAGACACACACACCGACAGUGAAUAGGACUGGGUUCGGAUUCAACAAGUGUCCAUUUGUCCAACAAGUCGAUGGCUCCGCUGCUGAGGUGCUGCGUUCUGACCCUGCUGCUGUUCUUCUUGACGCUGGAUCCUGGGGCAGCAGAAGGAAAUGGACCCAUGUUACAAAGACAGAGAAGAGAAUGGAUCGUCGCCCCCAGACAGCUGAAGGAAAACCACGACUACACCAGCCUUCCGUCUAUCGCCAGAAUUCGCUCGGAUAAAUCAUACAACCAUACGAUAUAUUAUUUCUUAAAAGGGCCUGGUGUCGACCAACCACCUAUCGGAAGAUUUUCUGUCGACUCUUCAACUGGUUAUGUUAGAGUCCAUUCCGUUCUGGACCGAGAGGAAAUCGACAUCUAUCGAUUACAAGGUGUGGCCAAAUUCCAAAACGGUGACAUCGCUGAGAGCGACAUCAACAUUACUAUCACUGUCGUCGAUGAGAAUGACUGCUCUCCAGUAGUUAAGAUUGGGCAGGUCGGAUCUGUCAAUGAAUCCUGUGCAGCAGGUACUAUUGUCAUGAGAGUGAUUGCUACUGAUGGCGAUCAAGCGGGCACAGACCACACAAAACUCUUCUACAGCAUUGACCAGGAGAGUAACAAGGAUGGGAUGUUCUCCAUCAACUCUCAAACUGGAGACAUCAUGGUGCAACAGACCACUCUGGAUAGGGAGCUCAAAGAUUCCUACAGCUUGGCCGUCAAAGUCGUUGACAUGGAUGGGCGGUCUGGAAACUCAGGAGGCGGAGUAGUUAACAUAAAAGUUCUGGACAUAAAUGACAAUGUGCCGACCUUGGAGAAAGAAAUGUAUGAAGGGAGCGUGUCGGAGAACACCAUCAACACGGAGGUGAUGAGGAUUCAAUCCAUGGACAUGGACAUGAUUAACACUGAGAACUGGGACGCUGUCUAUGAAAUCGUUUCAGGGAACGAGGGAGGCUAUUUCAGUAUCCAUACUGAUGCCAAGACCAACGAGGGAGUCAUCAUGGUUAACAAGGCGCUGGACUAUGAGGAACUAAAGGCCCUCAACUUGGGUGUGGCCGUCUCCAACAAAGCGCAGUACAAUUUUGGUGGUGGCAGUUCGUCAUCAGGAUCAUCAGGAUCAUCAGGAUCAUCAGGAUCAUCAGGCUCAUCAGGCUCAUCCGUCAUCGCAAAAUCCUACCCUGUCAAAAUCAACGUGGUCAAUCAAAAAGAAGGGCCCCGUUUUCAGCCGGGUGUGAAAGUGGUGACCAUCUCCGAGGACAAAUCCUCCAUCAACCUCAAGAACAUCCUCACCAACUACGCCGCUAUCGACAGUGACACACUGCUGACAGCCACCAACGUCCGAUAUAGUAAAUUGCGCGAUCAAGGCAACUGGUUGAUCGUUGAUUCAGAGACGGGAGAUAUCAGGCUGAAUAAACUACCUGACAGAGAGUCCAAAUUCUUGGUCAAUGGAACAUAUUAUGCUGAAAUAAUAGCUUCUACCGACGAUAAUCCCUCCAAAACAGCCACAGGAACCAUAGCCAUUCAGGUGGAGGACUUCAAUGACCACUGCCCAAAGCUGACGACAACCGCUCACACCAUGUGCCUGGAGGAGAGCGUCAUCUACGCCACAGCCGUGGACGAGGACGAUUUCCCCAAUUCAGCGCCGUUCGAGUUCACCGUGAACGGGCAGAAGGACAAUGAGAAAUGGACAGUGGAGCAUUUUAAUGCUACUACAUCGAUUCUCAGAGACAACGCCGACUUGUGGCCAGGCGUCCACCAAGUGACCGUGGAGGUCAGGGACCAGCAAGGGAAAAUGUGCGAUGAGGUUCAGAUCAUAGAUGUAACCGUGUGUAGGUGCGAGGAGGACCAAAAAGUGUGCAGUCCGCUCAAGGAGAAGAAAGUCAGUUUAGGAGCUGGAGGGAUCCUGCUUCUGCUCCUGGGCCUGCUGCUGCUGCUGCUGUUGCCGCUUCUGCUGUUGUUCUGCCUGUGUGGGGGUGCUCCACUUAAAGGAGAUUUCAAGCCACUUCCAUACGACAGCAAACCGCAGCUGAUGCCAUUUCACACCGAGGGACAGGGAGAAGACAAGGAGGUUCCUCUUCUACGGGUCCCGAUGGAAGUCGACAAUGGCUGCGUGGACAUCAAGAACGUCAGCGCGUAUGAGGCAGGAGGGUUCCUGACAAAUUACAAUGAAUCCGGAGGAGGACUGGUUGGAGGAGCAGGAUAUGGCGGUGGCAUGAAUACAUUGACAACAGACGAAUUGCACAGGUACAACAGUUACAAAUACAUCGCCGGGCAAUCGGAGGCACAGCAUCUUGGUGCCGGGAUGGGGGCGGAGUUCUCUGGAUACGGAGGCGGGGCCUUUGAUGGGAUGGCUCUGUCUGAACACUACCUGCAAGAGUACUAUACAAAUAAAUCAAACCAUGCCACACAAGAGUCCCAGCAGAAGGAUGGACUGCUGGUCUAUGACUAUGAGGGUAAGGACUCUCUGGCGGGCUCUGUAGGUUGCUGCAGUCUUCUCGAGAACGAUAAUGAUCUCGCCUUCCUCGAUGACCUGGGGUCUAAAUUCAAAACCCUGGCAGAGAUCUGUCAAGGAUCGACCAUCGUGACCCAAUCGGCGACUGCAGUUGUUUCCAGCUCCCUACCAAGACCAGUGUCUCCAGUCAGGCCCUCCACCUCCUCCCACACGCACGUCCAGACUCACACUGAAUCAGUCAGGGACAGGGACCGUGUCCAUAUCAACACUGUGGACACCUCCAAUGUAGCAACCGGAUCCUCCACGAUCUUCCAGGAGGAGCGAAUUACUGAGAGAGCCCAGGUUCCCACGGUGCAAGUCCAGGAAAAUAUAAUGAUUCCCAGUCAGACCAUGCUCAUACAACAGCCCUCUAUGUACUAUACUACUGCGCCCAUGUACGUAGUUGAGUCCCAGCCCCAGAUGAUGCUUGUGGCAGGGGGCGCCCAGCAGCAGGGGCUGGUGCAGGUUGGUGGUCUCCAAGGUUCUCAGGGUAUGGUCCUCGUAGACAGACAGGUAGGAGUAAAUGGAGGCAUGGGGCAAGUGCAGGUUGGUGGUCUCCAAGGUUCUCAGGGUAUGGUCCUCGUAGACAGGCAGGUAGGAGUAAAUGGAGGCAUGGGGCAGGUGCACGUUGGUGGUCUCCAAGGUUCUCAGGGUAUGGUCCUCGUUGACAGGCAGGUAGGAGUAGAUGGAGGCAUGGGGCAGGUGGCACAAGGCUUUUCGCAGGGAACCAUCUCCAGGAAGGUGAUGCUGGUGGAGAACGGGUCCGCCGCUGGACAGCAAGGUGGACAAUUUGUGCAGGGAUUUACUCAGAUGGGACAGGGUUCCACAGCGCAGGGUUUGGAGGUCAGAGGUCAGGGCUAUGAGAUGAGGGCUCCGAGUUUUACGAUGGGUUCACUCGGCUCUACAGGAUUAAAUGAGGAUUUCUCUGGUCACACCCAAGUUUCUAUGGCCACACCCAAGCUACAAGGGAGCAAGAAACAGGUUGUGCAACAUAAGAAAGUCACUGUCACAGAGAGAAAUAUUGAAUCUAACACAAGAGCUUAAAGCUAAAAUUUGCUUAGCAUAUCCACAAAUGUCAUAUUUCUUAAUCUACUGAAACUUAUUUCAGUUUGUUAGAAUAUAUUAAACAAACUUCUGGUAAUACAGAUUAAUUACUUGUUAAAUUGUGGUUAAACUAGUUAAUGAAUAGUGAAGUCUGCUUUACCUAAAGUACAGCACUGUUUGUCCACUACACUACUGCACUUAGUGAACACAUAGGGUGUGUUAUUUACUACUUGUCUGUCAUUACCAUACAGUUACACAAUACAUACAGUGUUGGUGUAGGGUUUAUAGCAGAACUGGGAGAAAACAACAGGUUAUAAGAGGCAUUUACAUGACUAGCUGAGGGGGAACGGAACAUCUAGGACUAGGCAGUACAGGCACAAAAUGACAGCCAUUAAAUCACUGUAUUUACUUUAAUUACACUAGCAAGGCUUUCAGGGUGGGAGCGGCCAAAGUAAACUAAACUAAACCCGUCAGACAAACACUGCAUAGUCUCUCAUCAACCUGCAAAUCUCCGGCUAAAUCUCCCAACUAAAGAGAAAACUGGAAGAAGUGGAGAACGUAAAAAAUGGCCACAGUGCGUCUCCCAGGGAGUAGAAAACGUCUUUAGAGUCUGUAAACCAGUGAUGGAACUCGUGAUCUCCUCUCUGGACGCUACUACAACAUAUAUAGGACUGGAAAAUGAUUAUGAUAAAUUGAUCAUGUUUGAUAAAGUCAAUAAGACAAAAAAACUUGUGUACAUAGUAUACUGCUGCAACCCACUGCUGCGAGUGUUGUAUAUUUUUGUGUGGUGUAUUUGUUUUUUGUAAUGUUUUAGCUGUAGCCAUGCCUUUAGCUGCUCUGCUGACCUUUGGAUUGUUUGCCUUAGUUAUACUGUAACUUAGACCUGGGUUGGGAAUUCCUGGGAGUACUAUAAAACUGAUAAAAGCCUGCCUGCAGCCGGAUCAAAGCCCCGAUUGUCCGAAUGAUUUGAUUCACCAGAACAAGACGAGGAUGUUUUUAUUGCUAUGCAGCGUACUCGACAGAAAUCGUCCUUUUUAUUCUUGCACUCUCUAUUUUCUACAGAAUAAUGUGGGUUCUCGAGGAGCUUUAAAAUUAUCCAAGCCUGUUCAUUUUGUUUAUACAAAUGUAUAUUGUGUGAUCAUUUUUGUAUUGUUUUAUUUUUAUUGUGUGUUAAGGUAACAUCAUUUGGCUUUGUGGAUGGGAAGUGUCAAGCACAAAACUUUGUUUUUGAUCAAGUUAAUAUUUUACUAGUGAACUGUAUGAAUACAGCAGAUGUUGCUCUAGAACAGCACAGCACUAAAAAUGCAUUAUAGUGAGGAUGUUUUCAUUUUGAAAGUGUUGCACAUCAUAACGUAAUAAAAUCUAAUUGAAAGAAA